AUGCAAACCAUCAAGUGUGUCGUCGUCGGUGAUGGUGCGGUCGGGAAGACUUGUCUCUUGAUUUCGUACACCACCAACAAGUUCCCCAGCGAGUAUGUCCCUACUGUAUUCGAUAAUUACGCUGUCACCGUCAUGAUCGGAGAUGACCCUUAUACCCUGGGGCUGUUCGACACCGCUGGUCAGGAGGAUUACGACCGCUUGCGACCAUUGUCCUACCCUCAGACGGACGUUUUCCUCGUGUGCUUCAGCGUGACGUCGCCGGCUUCGUUUGAGAACGUGAAGGAGAAAUGGUUCCCGGAGGUCCACCACCAUUGUCCCGGCGUGCCCUGCCUCAUCGUAGGCACUCAAAUAGACUUGCGGGAUGAUCCCCAGGUGAUGGAGAAGCUUCAGAGGCAAAAGCAGAAGCCGGUCACCCAGGAUCUAGGAGAGCGACUUGCUCGCGAGCUCGGCGCGGUCAAGUACGUGGAGUGCUCGGCGUUGACUCAGAAGGGUCUCAAGAACGUCUUCGACGAGGCUAUCGUGGCCGCACUGGAGCCCCCGGUGGUCAAGAAGAGAAGCAAAUGUCUCAUCCUCUAA